AUGUUUGCGUUAUGGGUGCGGGAUGAGGUGAUCCGAUUUUGUGAUUUAGAAAAUGAAAAGGGAGAAGAAAAUAGAGAUAGUGUAUUGGUAAGUGCAGUGAAGAAGUUACAUCAAAGUGGGAUGACAAGUGUGUGGCGGCGAAUACAAAAGUCGAAUAAAAAAUCAGUCAAAUAUCGUUUUACAAUUACACCUCAAGAAUUAUUAAUCAUAUGCUCCACAAAAUGGCAUCCUCAGAAUGUAAUCGUAACUUGCAUGCAUAGGAGACGAAAAGUGGAGGGACGAAUACGACGAUGGGAGAGUAGCAUGACGGAUCCUUGUCGAGGUUUAAUUGUUUGGCCAUCACAGACACCGGAUCCGUUAUUUUUCGACACAACAUUAUAUUGCGAUGAUUCAUCAAAUCAUUACAGUGAUAAGGAAUGGACUUUAUUGGUGGAGGAAUGUACACGAAAAGGCAAACGAAAAGCUAUUGCUGCAGUCAAUUUAAAUAUGCCCCUUUUCGUUCAGAAUCCAGAAACCGUAAUUGAACUGAAAUUAAAAUUACGACCAUUAUGGCCAGAACUGUCUCAAUGUUCAAUACAAAUUUUGAUAUCAUCAGUGCUUAUUGGUGACGGUGAAGCGAAUGAGUUUGAUAUGAAAAGAGAGAUAUCAAGUAUUAACAGUGGACAUAGAGCUAGUAUAGCGGGUGAUGUUGCAGAAACAGAACAGCGAACCAGCAAUGUAAAAGACAAUACGAUUGUUACAAGUUAUUCAAUGAAUUUAAAUGAUAUCGAGACACCGGAAACGAGUGACGACGAAAAACGGACAGAUUUGGUUUCUCAAAUUGAAAAUGCUUAUAAAAGUAAUGGUAUUAUUGAUGUACAUGCAAGAUUUUUUGAUCGCCAUCAGAGUCAUUCAGCGAUUCGAAAUUCCACAGUGACAAAUGCUCUUGAAAGGGAAAAACCAGCACAUGCAGAUGUUAGUGAAUUUGAAGAUGACAGGAAGGAUGCAUCCCAAACAUUGAUGAUUGGUAACACGUUUCAACAAGAAUCAAAAUCAAAUGAACGAAUGGAAGCUGAAAUUUUUCAAGUGUCGAAGACUGUGGAUAAAUCUCCGGAUUUAAAUCUGGAAAAAGAAUCUGAGCCAUUACCUGCUGUUGUGGAAGGCGAGGAUCUUCUUGCGUGGUGUCAAAGGGUGACGAAGGAUUAUCCUUCAGUUAAAAUAACAGACUUUGCGAAAAGCUUUCGCUCAGGUCUUGCGUUCUGCGCAAUUAUUCAUCGCUAUCGUCCAGAUUUACUUGGACCGUUUAGCAAAUUGAAUUUUACAGAUUCACACAGUAACCGUCUUGAGAAUUGUCGCAAAGCAUUGGAUGCUGCUGCUUUGAUUGGUGUUGAAAAGAAAUUGGAUGCUGGUAUAACUGUAACGCUGCCUGACCGAAAUGAUGUUCGAUGUUUCUUGUCUGAACUGCGCAUGCUUCUUGUGGAUGUUCCGGCUAUGAAAUGUGAAUCGAGUAUGAAUGAAUCGGAUUAUCGGAUAUCUGCACUUUUCAAUCUCUCAGAAUCAGAAACUAGUGUUAUGAGAGAGCUUGAAAUUCUUCGUAGACAGCGUGAACGUGACGAAGCCGUCGAUCUAACUAAUAUCAUUGAUGAAGAUCAUACGAAAUUCAGUGCCGUUGUGCCAGGCUCCCAGAAAGUGGACGAUAAGGAAGUUGAAAAAAGAUUACGGAAGCUGAAUGAUCCGUUCGAUUCUGAUUCUGAUACAGAUGAUAUGGGUAAGUGCGCAGCAUAUACACCGGUGGUGCGACAGCCAAGUUCAAAGAUUGAUACAAAUAUAGUUGCCAGUACAGAUCUUGAUGCACUUCCGAUUUCACCAGCUGUUACAGCUCGUCAUAAAGAGCUGAUAAAAAAACGUCAACAAAUAUCCUCUAAUCCAUCUAUGCUUAUUGAUUCCACCGAUGAAGCUACACGUGAAAGACGUCAUCGAGAGGAGGCUCGACGUUUAAUGAGUAAUGCUGCUUCCGAUGGUGUGACAAUAGUACUUGGUGGUAGCGCACCAGCAACAGCCCAUCAGUCACCGGCAGUGACAACUACGUCUGGUUUGCUUCGAAAGCUGUCGCCAUGUGCCAAUGAUAAGAUUGGAAGAAGCAAUUUGCAUACACUUGGUGCGCAUCCAGGUGAAUGA